AUGGCGGAUUCUGGCGCAGCUUCCCAACCACGUAUCCACAAGAUUAGGUUGGCGCCAUACCAAACAGCAGUUCGCAAUCUCAAUAAGGCCAUCGUUGUCCGCAAGAGCUUCCCACAAAUUAUCGACAUGGCAUCCGCUGCACUUGACGAGCUUUUCAAUACCCAAAUGCUCGAGUUGUUGGAGAUUCGCGCCUAUGCCUACUCAACACAAGGCAAGCUCUACUCAGCCAUUGCAGAUGCACAACGAAUGAUCGGGUACGCGCCAACAUCAUCCAUUGGAUAUCUUUGCAAAGCAAACAUCUAUGCUAUGUACGGAUAUCAAAUACGUGCAAUCGAGGCAUACGACGAGGGACUGAAUCGUUCUACAGCAAGUUCACAUCCCUGCACAGCAAUAUAUCAUCAAUGGUGCCAUGAACAACUGGAAGACGCAAGAGCAAAAGCAGUGACGCACAAUGAUAACCGUAUCGAUAUUAUCGCAAAAUUACCAGUGAAAGUUGCACAUUCCAUUCUAGCGCGACUCUCUCAAGCAAGCGCUGGUACAUGCUUGUAUGUUUCAAACGUCUGGCGGAAAUUGAUAAUCAACUGCGCUGGUGCUUGGGAAGAUGUUGUCGUCAGCGAUUCUACCACAAAUAACCUACGGGCAGAGAUGCUGGUUAUACUAAAAAUCGUCCCACUCAUCAAAUGUCUGACGAUUGACACUAGCAACACAGAAGCCCGCAGCACACUAUUCUUGGCCAUGAAGACUAAAAAGCUUGCUAAACUCCAGUCUCUCAAAAUGACAGAGCUCACAUCAAGGAACGUGCGACCUGAUCUUACGAAUUUUUCGAAUGGGUUAUGGCAAACAACGACACUUACAACUCUGACUAUCGAUUUCGGCGAUAAUGAAGAUGUGAUCACCCUACGGGAUAUACUUUCGAGCUCUUCUGCAUUGACGGAUCUUUCGUACUCGACCAAUGGCCAUCUAUAUGACGUAUUUGGUGAUUUUACGACAUGGAAUUCCGACGGUAUCUCCUCUCUCAUCAGCUUGCAAGUAAAGUCAGGAAUUAUCACUGGACCCAUGAUCGAGGCCAUGCUACAGUGCUUUCCACAAAUACGACGUCUUGUUCUGUAUGGGUGUCAAUUUUGUGUCUUGGACGCCGUCGCCACACAUUUGCCGAAUCUUAGGGUCUUUGCUUGUAACCCUUUCAGCAAGCAUAUACCAGCGCUGGAAACAAAAGACCUUAACAGUAGCGAUAACGAAGAAGCAAGACCGCAAGAAGGCAUCCGCGUUCUACACGUAAAUCAUCAGACGGGGAGAACGACAUUUGGCAUACCGGCUAUGCAGCUCAUAUACAAGAGUAUGGAAACCCUUGAAGUGCUCCACGUCGACAUGCCUGCAAAUAACCAAUUGCAUUUACGAAGGAAUUAUCCACAUUUUGAUAUGAAAUCCAUACGGAAUUUGACUUUAUCUGGAGCUCCCGAAAUCCUUCCCUUUAUUCUACAGUCCCUGAGGGAGACAGGUACCCUAACGUCCCUUGAUGUUCGCUGCGUGCCCUCCAUCAUGACAAUAGUCCUAUAUCUGCUACGUAUGCGACGACUUCCAGCCGAGCUUCGGAUAUCCGAUACGAAGUGUUCUCAAGGACAUUUUGCUUUGGUACAGCUGUUUCAAAAAUAUGAAUCAGAGUCAUUAAAUCCGCUGCAAAACAUUCUCCUUGAGAGCUGUGCUUCAGUGAAUGAUUUUGUUUUGGAAAUAUUGGCUCGUGUAGGAACGCUGCGCCAGAUCAUUUUAAAUGACUUGAAAAAUGUCACUUCUUCUGGCAUUAAACGAAUAGUGAAUAAAAGCAGAAAUGGUAACUUGGAAAAAUUAGUCGUCAAAAGAUGCCCUUCUGUAAACAGUGAAGUUAUACUUUACGCUAAAUCAAAGAUUCAAGAAGUUGUAUAUGAACAAUAA